ACCCAAGGCAGUGCGAGGCUUUCAUUCCACUAUAAUUAAAUCCUUUAAAAAAAAAAUCAAUGAACCACAUUUACACAUGCUCUCCGACCUCUGCCAAAACACCUCCACUCGUCACCCGCCAAAACCAAAACCAAAACCAGACAGAAAAAUACAGCAGCAAACAAUCGUCUUGAGUUGCUGAGCAUCUGUGGGGACUCCAGCCACCCAGACGACAGCAGGCCUAGGCACGAGGUGCCUCUCAGGUUACAGGGAGGACUCCAUCUGUUACCCUAGACCUUCUUACUAAGUGACACACGAGGAGACACCCGCAGGCAGCUGGAAGGAGUUUUAUUUUAUAGAUUUUUAGUCCGGAGAUUUCAAUUUAGAGAGAAGCAGUGGAAGGGGAGAGAAGGCAGGAAUGAGUGACGAGGAAGCCUUUGUCCACUGACGUGCCACCUGGCAGGAGCCCCGUCCACAGCGGGGGUGCCCUGCAGCUAGCAUCUGUCCCUUCAGCAUCUAUAAUAGAUGCAGCCAGAGGGGCAGGCCCUUCUCCGGGCGCACCGAGCUCUGCCUUUGAACUGCUCCUUCUGCAAGGCCGUCUCUCAUCAUGCCAAACCAACAGAAGAAAAUCAUUUUCUGCACGGCUGGGGUGUUAAGUUUCGUGUGUGCCCUCGGAGUUGUGACAGCCCUGGGGACACCGUUGUGGAUUAAAGCUACCAUCCUCUGCAAAACCGGGGCUCUGCUCGUCAAUGCCUCUGGGCAGGAGCUGGACAAGUUCAUGGGUGAGAUGCAGUACGGACUUUUCCACGGACAGGGCGUGAGGCAGUGUGGAUUAGGAGCAAGGCCCUUUCGCUUCUCAUUUUUCCCAGACUUGCUCAAAGCCAUCCCAGUGAGCAUCCACGUCAACGUCAUUCUCUUCUCCACGAUCCUGACGGUUGUGACCAUGGCGGGGACUGCCCUCUUCAUGUACAAUGCUUUUGGCAAACCCUUUGAGACCCUGCAUGGGCCCCUUGGGUUGUAUCUUCUGAGUUUCAUUUCAGGCUCCUGUGGCUGUCUCGUCAUGAUCUUAUUUGCCUCUGAAGUGAAAAUCCACCAUCUCUCUGAAAAAAUUGCAAAUUAUGCCGAAGGGACAUAUGCCUACAGAAUGCAGCGGGAGAGCUACACCACCUCCUUCUGGGUGGUUUUCACCUGCUGCUUGGUUCACUUUCUCAACGGGCUCCUAAUACGACUCGCGGGAUUCCAGUUUCCUUUUGCAAAAUCCAAAGAUACAGGGACAACCAACGUCGCCGCGGAUUUGAUGUACUGAAGAGCCACGGUCUCUGUGGUUUUCCCAGACUUUGCUGCUCCUGCCCCCAGCUGGACAUACCUGUAGCGGUCACACCCAGAGCUGGUUAUCUGGAAAGUCUGAAGACCCACGACAGAGGCACCAGCCAGUCCCCCGCCAGCGCUAAUGGCAGGUUCAGUUGUGGCCACAGGCCCUGGGCUGGGGGCUGGAGGCUGGAGGCUGGGGGCAGUGGGUAGUUCUGGUGCUAUGACAGCCACCGGCAAUGAGUAGUAGAGUGUCCCCAGGGACUGGGCUUCUGGGCUAGGUCCAAGGGCUUCCGCCCCAUUCCAAAGAUGACGGACAGUGGGUUGCAAGAUAGGUGGUCCUAAAGAUGUUGUGUCCAUUGAAAACUAAAAAAUAAAUAUUAAAAAAUUCAAAAAAAAGGAUAGGUGAUUCUCCCUUGAGGGAAGGAGAUGGAAGCACCGUCCCCCCGCCCCCACAGCUGGUCACAGAUCCCACUGUGCAGAGAAAGCCAGGGCCUUUGUCCCUCCCUUCCCCGUCUGGUAGGUGAGAGGGCUGUGGAGGAGGCUGUGCCCUGCAGGAGCUCAAGCUGGUGCCCUUCCAGAGGUAUGAGCUUCAGCACACACAGGACUGCUGGCCCUGUCCUGGAGACCCCUCGGAUGCACAUUUAUCAUGGAUGUGACAUAUGCAAAAAGAGUGUCUCAGCUGACUCGGGGGCACAUGUGCUGGUGCUUCCAUGGUCGGCUUUGGACUUACCACCAUCUUUCCACUUGCCCACCAAUGGCCAGCAGGACUGUCCACACCCAGCCACAGGCCCUGGGGACCCGGUGUGUACUUGCCUUUGCUGGUGCUCAUGCCCCUUGUGCCACCUCUCCCCCCCAGACGCCACAGUACCACCUGUUCUCCACACUUCCUCCUGGGCAUGAGCUCAGCUGCCCUCCCAGCCUCCAGGGAGGUGGACCUCCUGAGAGCCUGUGCCCACAGGGUGUAGGCUGGAGAGGCCACUCUCAGGCAUGGCCCUGAGAACUGUCCCAUGCAACGGACCACUUGCUCUGUCUUUGGUGCUGCAGCCUGGGCAGCUGAGAGGUCCUCUGUGGGCUGCAGAGGGGAGGUGGCUUCCCAGGGGCUGGCCUGGUGGUGGCACUGGGGGAUGACAAGGGCGAGAAAUGGCUUCCUGUAGAGUCGCUGGGCUCUGAUGGCUGCUUGUUGCCCUGGCCCAGCCUGUCCUGACCCGGCCAGCAAGGCGCUGCUUUCCAGGAAGGCUCCAUUCCCGCCAGCCAGUGGCUUCUCCAGGGCUCUGGGUACAGCCUGAGGCCAGGUGCAUCCUCCGCCUCCCCAUCCCUCCGUGGUGCUGUGUGGCCCUCUGGCCUCUGCCAUCACCUGCUGAGAUGAAGCCCGAAGAAUGGAUUUUCUGCAAAAAUAUCUAAGGAGUAAAUAAAUAUUUUUUUGCUUAU